GAUACUCCUCCUUCUCCUCUUCCUCUUCUUUUCUCCAUCCUCCAUCACCUCUUCCUCUGCUCCUCUCGGUUCUUCUGUCCAUCUCGUCUUUUUUUUCAUUUUAUCAUCAUGGAGAGCUGGUCGCUGAUCUUCUGGGAUGGGCAGGGCAACCCUCUGAAAAUAAUCUGAAAUCCUGAAACCUGUUUCCUCUCCAUUAUUGCACAGAAGAAAACACUUGAAGAUCACCGAAGACUUACUCUUCUAGAGGAACAACAACAUCCACAGACGUCCACUGAGUUUUAAAAAAGUAGAAUGAUCAGUUUUUAACCACGCCAUCGGACAUUCUCCAAGGCCCUCACUGUAAAAGGCAAUAGAAGCUGGACAACUAGAUCAUCAGACUGGACCAGAACCAAUCCAGACGCUUGCCAGAGUUUGAGAACCGCAACAAGCCAGAAGAGAUCAGUGGAAAUUAGUAAAGGCUUGUGGAAAAGUUUGAUGGGCCUGCUGACAAUAGCCACAUGCCUCUGAGUCCGAUCGCUGACACCAAACAUGAUCGCCCGCGGCAACAGGCGGUUACUAACGGCAACCCAACAGGCUCUGCUGUCGCCAGGGACGACGACGGGGAGGACACGCCCCCUGGAAACAGCAUUGUGGUCCGAAUCGGGAUCCCGGAUCUGCAGCAGACGAAGUGUUUGCGGUUGGACCCAGAGUUACCAGUUUGGACCAGUAAGCAGAGGGUUCUGGUGACGUUGACUCAGUCUCUGUCGGAUGUUUUGAACUAUGGUCUCUUCCAGCCGGCGUUCAACGGCCGAGCCGGAAAGUUUCUGGACGAGGAGCGCCUGCUGAAGGAGUAUCCUCUUCCCCCCAUCACUCCCAUCCCGUAUCUGGAGUUUCGUUAUAAGAGGAGAGUUUAUACUCAGAGUUACGUGGAUGAUAAGCAGCUGGCAAAGCUGCACACAAAGGCAAAUCUGAAGCGAUUUAUGGAACAUGUUCACCAGAAGAAUGCAGAAAAGGUGGCCAAAUGGUUGGAGAAAGGUCUGGACCCGAACUUCCACGACUCGGACAGCGGAGAGUGUCCCCUGACUCUGGCUGUCCAGCUGGAGGACAGCUGUGAGCUCAUUAAGGUCCUUCGCAGCGGAGGAGCUCACCUGGACUUCAGGACCAGGGACGGCAUCACGGCUCUCCACCGGGCCGUCCUCUGCAGGAACAGCGCCGCGCUCACGACUCUACUGGACCUUGGAGCGUCUCCGGACUACAAGGACAGCAGAGGUCUGACUCCGCUCUACCACUGUGCCAUGGUGGGCGGCGCCCCCUACUGCUGCGAGCUGCUGCUUCAGGACCACGCCACCAUCGGGAUCACUGAUGAGAACGGGUGGCAGGAAAUCCACCAGGCAUGUCGUUAUGGCAACGUGCAGCACUUGGAGCACCUCCUGUUCUACGGCGCCAACAUGAGUUCCCAGAACGCCUCAGGAAACACUGCGCUGCACCUGUGUGCCCUGUACAACCAGGACAGCUGCGCCCGGGUUCUGCUGUUCAGAGGCGCCAACAAGGACAUAAAGAACUACAACAACCAGACGGCCUUUCAGGUGGCGAUCAUCGCUGGGAACUUUGAUCUGGCUGAAAUCAUCAAGAUCCACAAAACCUCUGAUGUUGUUCCCUUCAGAGAAACCCCCUCCUACACCAAGCGCCGCCGGGUCGGCGCCACCAGAACACCGGCCGGAAACGGCCUCUCAUCACCUCGCUCUCUGAUUCGCUCAGCCAGUGACAACGCCCUGGAAAGCCCCGCCUCCUCCCCAGGCCCCUCCCUGCAGAGCCUGGAGACGCACCACGACACGCACACGCACUCACUGAGACGCCACACGCGCCGCCUCAGGUACGCUCAGGUUCACCUGCUCGAAGCUCCAGUCAAACCAGCGUCUCUUACUGGUCUGUCGCCCUGCAGCCCCAGUGGGGGGGGUCAUGUGGAGACCAGCCCUCCUUCCUCCCCCCCUCCCACGCCACAGAUGAGGAAGAGGAGGCUGUACAGCGCGGUGCCGGGACGCACCUUCAUUGCCACCCGGUCCCACGUCCCCCAGGGGCCCGGAGAAAUCCAGCUGCACCGGGGGGAGCGGGUGAAAGUGCUUUCAAUUGGAGAAGGAGGCUUCUGGGAAGGAACCGUUAAAGGCAGAACCGGCUGGUUUCCUGCUGACUGCGUUGAAGAGGUCCAGAUGAGACAGUACGACCCGCGACUCGAGACGAGAGAGGACCGCACGAAGAGGCUCUUCAGACAUUACACAGUGGGAUCCUACGACAACUACACCUCCUACAGCGACUACGUUAUCGAGGAGAAAACGGCCGUUCUCCAGAAGAGAGAGAGCGAAGGAUUCGGCUUCGUCCUCCGAGGAGCUAAAGCUGAGACGCCUAUCGAAGAAUUCGCUCCCACACCGGCUUUUCCCGCUUUGCAGUAUCUGGAAUCAGUGGAUCAGGGGGGCGUGGCUUGGAGGGCGGGGCUAAGGACCGGAGAUUUCCUCAUAGAGGUUAACGGGACCGACGUGGUGAAGGUGGGUCACCGGCAGGUCGUCUCUCUGAUCCGACAGGGAGGAAGUCGGCUGCUGAUGAAAGUCGUCUCAGUUUCCAGAAAAUCAGAAACCAACCUCAUCAGGAAGAAAGCUCCGCCUCCUCCAAAGCGGGCCCCCAGCACCUCGCUGACGCUACGAUCAAAGUCCAUGACCGCCGACCUGGAGGAGAUAGCCAGGAGGAGACGUUACGAGAAACUGGAUGAGAUGCUGGCCGGAGGUCAACAGGAAGUGGUCCUGAGGGCCCGUCCGUCUGACGACUUCAGAGCGGCGACGGUCAAACAGAGACCGACCAGCCGACGCAUCACGCAGGCCGAGAUCAAUUCUCUGUUUGAGCGUCAGGGUCUGGUUCCCCCCUCUGCUCCAGAGAAGAGCACCAUGCCUUUACCCAGAGGGAUGUCCAGAACCAAGAGCUUCGGAACCCCAGAAGAUGACAGGAUCUCGGCUCUGAUCCAUGAGAGCCGUUUUCCUCGGAGCUCCUCUUUGACGGACAGCUCCAUCCCGCCUCCUCCUCAGACAGCUCCACCCCCACCUCCUUCGGCCUCCUCCACCUCCUCGCUUUACCUCCUCGACUCCGGCCCGCCCCCGUCCUUCCUCCCUCCUCCGCCCCCGGCUAGAGGGGAGGGGCUAACACGCUCCAGCUUUAAACCAGGGGCGGAGCCACGCCUGCAUGAGCUCUCUGAUGCCAGGAGCCACGCCCACGCCGAGCGGCAGAGGAAAGCCAGGUCCAUGAUCAUCCUGCAGGACACACCCCCCCCGCCGGCGCUUCAGAUGGACGGCCAUGCCACUUCCACACACGCGCUUCACACCGCCACGCAGACCUCCACGCUGUCCAUCCACGGCGCCAGCCCUGCGCUCGGACACUCCCCUCUGUCACGUCGCCGGGGACGAGCGAUAGAAAACCCUUACGCCAACGUUGGACAUCAGGCUCCGCCCAGCAAACCCCAGAGGAGGAAGUCCCCUUUGUUGAAGCAACUUCCUGUUGAAGAGCAGGGUCUUGGAAUCAAAGACCACGAUUCCUUCAAAUCAGACAGAGGUGGACUAAUGAGCCCCAGCAGAGCGGAGCUGUAUCAGCAGCAGGUUCUGUCUGAGCGCGCCCGGGUUCAGGGUCGCCGCUCCUCCCUCUUCCUGUCCGUCGAGGGGUCGGGGUCAGAAAACCAGGCCCCGCCCCUCCUGACUCAGAGCCACUCCAUGGACGACCUCGGAGAGCUGCCCCCUCCGGCUCCGGUCCUGUCGCCUUCGCCGACGCCGCACACCUUCCUCCACCCGCUGACAGGGAAACCUCUAGAUCCGUCGUCUCCCCUCGCCUUGGCUCUCGCUGCUAGAGAGCGAGCGCUCACCGCCAGAACGCCGAGUCCUGAGCCUCGAAUCAAACACACCUCAGCCUCCACCACACCUGUUCCCACUCCAGCAGCCAGUCCUGAGACCAGACACAAGCGCACCCCCUUCACCACCCCACAGAGCAGCCCUGAGCCGCGAUCCAAGCGCACCUCUCCCCAGACGAGCCCCGAGCAGCGAACUAAACAUACGACUCCACAAACCAGCCCUGAGCUGAGGCACAAACGCAUCACGCCGCCGCUGUUCCCCGAGGGGCAGGUGGAACGCCCAGAGACCGAAGGGGGAGUCACAUCGCCUGCUGCCCCCUCCCCUGAAAGAUGGAGGCCCUCCCCUCUACCAGCGCUGGCCAAUGACAGCCACUCGGCUCUGAUUGACAGACGGAGAAGUCUCACGGUGGGCAGCUCAGAGGAGGAGGGCGGGGCCUACACCGUGACCCUCCCUCCUGCCCUGCUGUCGUCCAGCGAUGAGGAGACCAGAGAGGAGCUGCGUAGGAUUGGUCUAGUGACUCCUCCCCCCGCCUUCGCCAGCCCCCCUGCCGCCCCAGCCCCGUCCUCGUUAUCCCUGUUGCCUCGACGAGGAGGAGAGGGAGGAGGCGAGAGUGCUCCAGAGUCCCUUGGGAAACGAGGAGACGAGGAGGAAGGAGGUGAAGAGCGUCACCAUGACAGCUCCUUGUCCCCUAGCUCCCUCCCUCCCUCCAUCACCCUGGCCUCCCCUCCUGCUCCCACAUCCCCAUCCUCCCCCCCUGCCACUCACCCCUCUCCCUCAUCUGCUGCCACCUCCCCGUCGGCUCUGAAACCCCGGCUCCGGUCGCCGAUUGGUCGGGGUCGCUCUGCGUUGCGCGACCCGCUGCUGAAGCAGUCCUCAGACAGCGAGCUCCUCCCCUCUGUCGCCUCCUCCCCAUCCUCCCCACUAUGCUCCUCACCCACCAGCGGCAGCAGCCGGCAGCCACGCUACCUGUUCCAGAGGAGGUCAAAGCUGUGGGGGGGCGGAGACGACGAGCGUCGUGGUGUGAGUCCAGAGGACGGCGGGGGCCGCCCAGCGGCCCUGGGAGGUCAGAGCUCUGGGUCUGCGGUGGACCUGACGACCCGCUCAGCGUCCGCCCUGGAGCUGAGUGGCCGGGCCGGGUCGGGCCUGGAUCUGGCUAAUCGGCUCCAGCUGCUCAACAAAGACAGCCACUCCCUGGGAGAGGAACCGAGUCCGCUGGACCCGGGCCGGAGGUCACCUGUAGGGGGCGCCAGGUUGUUCUCCAGCCUUGGCGAACUUCACACCAUCUCCCAGCGCGGAUAUGGCACCAGCUACACAGUCCGACCAGGAAGCCGCUACCCCGUCACCCGCAGAAGCCCCUCCCCUUCUCCCUCCCCCUCAGAUCGCUCCAUGGGGCUGGGCUCCUCCCCUGCGCCUUGCUCAGAACGGCCGGAUCUGAGCUCGGGUCGAGGUCUGACCAUCCUGAAGUCUUCAAGUCUCAGCCUGCCAUCGGAGCCGAAGGAGGUCCGUUUCGUUAUGAGAAGCGCCAGUGCACGAACCAGAUCCCGCUCUCCUUCGCCUUCGCCCCAUGCCUCCCCCUGCCCGUCUCCGGUCCUCAGUGGGCCCCUGUUGGCCCUCCGGCCCUGGAGGCAGCGGCCUCUAAACCUGUGGAAUAAAUACGAUGUGGGCGACUGGUUGGAGAGCAUGGGCCUGGCCGAACACCGCCAGCGCUUCCAGGAGCACGAGAUCGAAGGCUCCCACCUCCCUGCCCUCACCAAGGAGGACUACGUGGAGCUGGGCGUCACCAGACUAGGACACCGCAUCAACAUCGAGAGGGCUCUCAGACAGUUGCUGGAGAGCUCCACUUGACCCCUCGCCUCUCACCCAUCACCUCUAGGCAUCCAGAACUCUGACCUCACGACCCCUGACCUCAGGUCAGACCCCAGCCCAUCUCCUUAAUUCAAUAUCUCAGCCAUUACAGAAUCACGCCCAUUUUGUUGACGCCCAGAUCUCUGAAAUGUUUCGGCUGAUCAGCUCUUGGAGCACCAGCUCUGAGUUCAGCUCCUGAUGACAUCCCGGUCGAAGCCUUGUUGUCACUUAUUCACACCAGAUAUCGGAUAUUACCAAAGUAACUUAGGAAAAAAGAAAUACAAACAAAUAAUUCCUUGUUCAUGGAAUAAUGUUUAAACAAGCUUCUUAAAUAUACUGAACGAAACAAAAGCUUUUUUCUUUUUUUAUAUAGUCAACUUGUCUUGAAACAUUUAUGUUAUUUGGACCUAGUCUCAUACAAAAUUCAUCCCAAUCUAGAAGGUUUCAGCACCGCUUACUUAGCUUCAAUUAGACAAAAACCUGAUGAUUGUUCAGUCCGAUCCAGGAGCUUCACCUUGUUUCUCUGUUUUUAUGGUAUUAUUGGGGGGGGGGGCUGAUGUCUUGACAGAAAUUCAACAUGGGACGUAUCUGAACAGACAACACUUUCCCGUUUUUAAUGGGCCUGUCUUAAAGUUUCGCAGCAAAUCCUAAACAAACAUGUUUUCCUUCUGCAGUGGAGUGUUGUGCUGCUAGUGAAAAUGGAGGCCAAGGUGUCUCUGAAGCCGGGGGUACACUGUGCGAUUUUUUUCAAUCGUUGCAUAAAGCUACAGCUCACACUGUACGAAGAAACCCUGAGGUUUCAUUUUACAGUGCGAGUUCACAGCUCACACUGUGCGAAUCGACUAUCUGAUGCGAUCUACCUGCUCACACUGUACGUCUAAAAAUACACGUCGGAUUCAGCUCCUCAGAGAGAUGGCACUGCUUGGACUCGUCUAUGCGGAAGACAAAAAAGGCACAAGAGGAAUAUGAAGUUAGAGUGAAACGCGCUGCCUCAGCAAUUUGUGCUGAAAGCCCCAAAAAGAAAAGCCGAUGACGUAUUUAGACAAAGACAUGGCUGAACAAACGAGGCUACUAUGGUCUGUCAAUUUCCAUUUCACUCGCACCCCCGCCAUGCUACUGUGUUCUCAUCUGAGCGGAAGAAGUAA